AUGCCAGAACUCGCUCCAUCACCCCACCGACGUACCGGGGGUGUCAACUCUCACCCCGCCGUCGCCAGACUGAGGCACCCCCUCCAUGAAUUAGGGGUGGCGAGACUAACAUUGAGCCCCCGACGCCUCGAUACUCCCUCUUACACUACCCAGGUCUCUACGCUCAAAUUUGGAUGGAAGAACCACAGCUACAGGCCACCCCGAAACACCACCGCUAUUGCCACAACGUGGGAUUCGCGUUCCAGUGCAUACCUCCAACACCGCGCAUACCCACCUCACUAA